GAACAUAGAUUUUAUCAAAAAGAAAAAAAAACCCCACACAAAACAGAUGUUCACAUGUUUUUUCAGUGACUGACACGAGGAAAUGAGUUGAAUAUGAAUUGUUUGUGUCACAAAGUAAAACCACCAGGAAUUUGUGCUUGCAUGUCUUUGAUUGGCCAACACAGAGUCUUGCCAAAUAACGCAGUAUUGUGGCAAAAGUUGAGUCAGGUUCAUAUUUUUUUUUGUCUUUAUGUCGACCCUGCCAGAACCCUCUGCAACAACUCCGCCACAUUGACAGGCUGUCCUCGUUCAAAUGGAUGAAUGGGAUGGGGGUUUUUCCAUGUGGGUCUAAAGUUGGCCCAGAAUGUGGCCUUAGGCAAUACCUUCUUUCGUGCCGUGCAGCACAUGGUCUGAAAACAGCUGAGCGGCAAUCUUGUCUGCCAAAGACUUGAUUAUGUUUUGUAAUGCAACUGCUUUGAGGGGUAUGCAGUUACGUCAGCAUCGGGGAUUUAACAUUCCUUCCGCCAGUUUCACCUUAUUGUGCUGUUCAACAGAUGGUGACGGCAAGAGAGGAAGCAAGAAGCUGUCAUGAUGGGAUGUAAACACUGCAUGACUUGAAAUAUUUUGAAAAAAUCUUCUUUGCAUACGUUUUAUUGGGAAGUUGUCGCAUUUGUUCGACCUACCGUGCGAUGUGAGUUGGUGAGAAAAGGAGAAUGUAAACAAAACUCCACACGGUACCUUUAAUUGGUCGCCUCAUAAAGCUCACAACGGAAGCAAAUGUUUCUUAUGUCGUCAGUGCAGACAGUGAGUUCACAAAAUACACUGACCUUUCCCAGGCUUAUGAAUGAUAACGGAUUAGUGCUUGUGUGAAUUACUUUGCUGCAAAGAGUUAAGUUUUAUCUGGCGGUGGCAGCGCUCCCCACGCUGAUAUUCUCUAGCUUGCUUAUCAUCAUCAUUGCACAUGGAAAUGCUGUACAUAUACUUUACAUACUGCACAUACUAUAUUGUUAUAUAUUAGUAAAGCAAAACUGUUCGUUCAGUCAUGAGCUGUUCUGCUUGCGGCGUCAGUGUUGCUCGUGACCUUCCUGUUCAUGCUGCUCUGUGCAAGUUUGACUUUGAACCAUGUGAACCAUCGUUUCUUAUGUGGAACGCAGAAACAGAGCAGAGCCAUAAUUAGAGUGAAGGCUGUCACAAUGGCCUGUAGGGAGAUGGACUGAGCCACUCUGAGGGAAUGCACACACACAGACCAGAAAAAUGGCCUCUGAUAGCACGUUAUUACAGAAGAGGUAAAUGUGAGCAGAGCCAGUGGUGAUGUGCCGGUCAUGGCAGGGCUCCACUUUUGUUGAUUUUGCUCUCUGUCUCUUCUCUUGGGCCUUUGAAUGCCUUCCAGGCGAUGCACUUGGCAAGUGACUGGACUAAUCUGCAGCAUCCUGAUGGUCCGCAGGUCUGACUGUGCACUUCAGUCGGUCUUUGAACCUCUUCAUUUGCUCUCCUGGUCAGUGUUAGUAUUAUAACUGGAAAAUAAAAUCUUGCAGCAGAGCUGGUGUUAGAGGGUCAUGUGGCCCGUUUGUUUUUAUCCCUGCAAAUAUGUGCAAACAUGUCACAGACCACAUUCUGAAGAUGUAAGGCAGACAUCUUGUGUAAUUAUUAUUUUAUUAUUUAAAAUACCAUGCAAACAUAAGAACAUGUAUACUAACCAUUGUUGUGUUUACUCACUAGAGGCACAUUCAUGCAAGCACCUGGACUAGAAUUUGCGUAUAUUGACAAUUUUCGAUUAAUCUGACAAUUAUUUUAAUUAAAUUUGUUUUAAUUACUCAGUCAAUCAUUUGAUUUUGGUGUCAGAAAGUAGUGAAAAAUGUUCAUCAUAAUGAUUUAAAUUCCAAGUUGACACAUUUUUGUGUCUUUGUCUCAACCACAGUUUAAAACUUCAAAGGUAUUCAUUUAACAAUCACAGAACACAAAGAAAACCAGCACAAAUGUUCACAUUAGAAAAGAUGGAACCGAUGGAUUUUUGUAUUGGAAAUCUGUGAGUUGCGUUUAUCUUUGUUGUUAUGGCUGUUUCUGUUUACCUAAGGCUCAAUUGGAAAAGAUAAAUGUUUUGAAGCUUGAUUGUGAAAGUAAAACGUAUUCCUUUAUCAGUCGUGAUUACAGCCCAACAUCUGUUUGCAGGACUUUGCUCUGUCUUGUGAAGAGUAGUCAGUGGAUAAAAGUAAUCAAUCACUUAGUCCUAAGGUCGAAUUCUUCCUGAUAGGCUUGUAAUGGGAAGUGUGCUUCGGAAUAUUGUUUUGUUCGUAGCCCUGACAGCCACUACAGAGCAGAGCAGUUGCUUCAUACGUUGCAGCCUGCGGGAUGAUCAGCUGACCCUAAAUUCUCACACAUGCAUGCAGGACUGGAAAGUCAAAUUCAUCACUGAACUGACAAACCACCAGUUUUCAUGUGUGACAUGCAAGCUUUUGCAUGAGUAAGCACAGCUCUUCCAACCACAUCACAGUUAAACUAAAAACUAUUUGUUUUUAUUUGCGGUGAUUUGUAUGUGGAAAUUGUGAGCUGUAGAUCUGCGUGUCUUUCAGCCGCCAUUUGUGUUUGGGUGCUUAUCAGCAAAGAUCAAAGGUAAUGAAGGUAAGGUGAGGCUCUCAUCCAGUAGGUGAGGUUGGUCCGUCUAUGCAGGGAGAAGCUGAGGGAAGAGUGGAUGCAAUAGCAGAAGAAAUCCAUGCAGAAGCACAGGAUUUCCAUUUCAAAUACGUCCUGCUUAAUACACUGACCCACCAAACUUUUGGAGGGGUGCCAGUUUGUGAAAGCAGUGAGUGCAGAGCAGCAUCUGCUGAUAAUGCAGCACCCCUCUGUCUCGCAACCCCCCCCUUUACAGGACGUGAAAUGGUAGAUGCCUGUUACAUGAUAUGAAGCAUGUUGAGCGGAGGGAGCAGGGUGAGUAUUUGGGAUACAGAACACAGACGCAGUGAGAGGGUAAAAAGAAAAAGUCGGCUGGUGUUAGGUGUCAUAUCCCUGCAACAGUACAGGCUGUCAGCACCUGACCUGGAUCACACACUCUGUAUGCCUUUCAGGAUCCUCCCUGGAUUACUUUUUGUUUGAGGACAGAGGAGGACGACGUGUCCUCUCUGCCAGCGUGUUUAUGCCGCAGCUGGCUGCAGAUGUGCCUGUGCAGAGGAAGUUUGGACCUAAGGAGAGCUGCUGUAGGGGCACUCAGGACUUCUCUGGUGCUCGCAUCCCCCUGAACCCUGAAUGCCGUCACUUCUCCUCACAGGGUCUUCAAAAGCCCCCUUUGCAUCUCCCUCUCUGGCAUGACCUGGACACAAUGUCAGACUCUAGUCUGUGGACAGUACUGUCCAACUUUAACAUGCCACAUUUCUUCAGUGGUGCCCGCCUGCGCCGGUCCAAAAGCUGCAGGACGAGCAACAGAAAAAGCCUGAUAGGAAGCGGUCAGUCUUCAGGCCUGCCGCGACCGCACUCCCCUCUCUCAUCUCUGACAGGAACAAGCCCACAAGACAGUCCUAGAAACUUCUCUCCUAGUGCCUCUGCUCAUUUCUCCUUUGCACGGAGGACUGAUGGUCGCCGCUGGUCGUUGGCCUCCCUUCCCUCCUCUGGAUAUGGAACCAACACGCCGAGCUCCACGGUCUCCUCAUCCUGUUCAUCACAGGAGAAGCUGCACCAGCUGCCCUUCCAGCCUACACCUGAUGAACUGCACUUCCUCUCCAAGCACUUCUGCACUGAGAGCAUCUCCGGGGAUGAAUGCCGCCGAGCGACGGCCAUGCGACCACGCUCACGCAGUCUCAGCCCUGGAAGAUCUCCAUCCUGUUACGACCAUGAGAUUAUCAUGAUGAAUCACGUCUACAAGGAGCGGUUUCCUAAGGCCACAGCUCAGAUGGAGGAAAGGAUUCAGGACAUUGUCUGCAGCAACUCUCCGGAGAGCGUCCUGCCUUUGGCGGAUGGUGUGCUCGGUUUUGCCCACCACCAGAUAAUUGAACUGGCCCGUGACUGUCUGGAGAAGAGCCGGCUAGGACUCAUCACCUCCAGCUACUUCUGCGAGCUCACUGACAAGCUGGAGAGGCUUGUUCAGGAGUCCACAGAGAGAUCGGAGAGCGAGGAGGUAAACUUCAUCAGAGAGCUGGUAAAGAAGAUCCUCAUAAUCAUAGCGCGACCUGCCCGACUGCUGGAAUGUCUGGAGUUUGACCCUGAGGAAUUCUACCACCUUCUGGAGGCAGCUGAAGGACACGCCAAAGAGGGUCAGGGCAUCAAAACAGACAUCCCUCGUUACAUCAUCAGUCAGCUGGGACUCACGAGAGAUCCUCUGGAAGAAAUCGCUCAGCUGACCAGCUGUGACAGUGGGAUUGCAGAAACCCCAGAAACGGAUGACUCUUCUCAGAGCCUCAGCACAGCCUUAAGGUCACGGCGGAAACCCUGUGAGCUGGACUUUGAAAUGACAAAACUAAUCAGCAAUGGUGCCUACGGAGCUGUUUACCUGGUUCGACACAAAGAAACAAAGCAGCGGUUUGCCAUGAAAAAGAUCAACAAGCAGAACCUGAUGUUGAGGAAUCAGAUACAACAAGCCUUUGUAGAGAGAGACAUCCUUACCUUUGCUGAGAACCCUUUUGUGGUGUCCAUGUACUGCUCCUUUGAGACUCGGCGACACCUGUGCAUGGUCAUGGAGUAUGUUGAAGGUGGAGACUGUGCCACCCUUUUGAAGAACAUGGGUCCCCUGCCUGUGGAUAUGGCCAGGAUGUACUUUGCAGAGACGGUGCUGGCUCUGGAGUAUCUCCAUAAUUAUGGCAUCGUCCACAGGGACCUCAAACCAGACAAUUUGCUGGUUACGUCAAUGGGACACAUCAAGCUGACAGAUUUUGGGUUGUCUAAAGUCGGGCUGAUGAACAUGACCACUAACCUGUAUGAGGGACACAUAGAGAAAGAUGCCAGGGAGUUCUCUGAUAAGCAGGUAUGUGGCACCCCAGAGUAUAUUGCACCAGAGGUGAUCCUGAGACAAGGCUACGGCAAGCCGGUGGACUGGUGGGCGAUGGGCAUCAUCCUCUACGAGUUCCUCGUGGGCUGUGUGCCAUUUUUUGGAGACACACCAGAAGAGCUGUUUGGACAGGUCAUCAGCGACGAGAUCAACUGGCCCGAGGGGGACGACGCCCCGCCUCCCGACGCUCAGGAGCUCAUCACCUUGCUGCUCAGACAGAAUCCUCUGGAGAGGAUGGGUGCAGGUGGAGCUGCUGAAGUGAAGCAGCAUCAGUUCUUCCACAACCUGGACUGGAACAGCCUGCUGAGGCAGAAGGCUGAGUUUAUUCCUCAGCUGGAGUCUGAGGAUGACACCAGUUACUUUGACACCCGCUCUGAGAGAUACCAUCACCUGGAGACAGAGGAAGAGGAUACAAAUGAUGAGGACUUCAACGUGGAGCUGCGGCAGUUCUCCUCGUGUUCUCACAGAUUCUCUAAGGUCUACAGCAGCCUGGAUUUGUCCCGUGGUCACCUGGAGGAGAAGGGAGAGACGGAGGGGAAGAAGAGUGAGAGCCCACUGACUGUGGACUCUCUCAGCUGGACGCCCGACUUUGCUGAAUUGCCGUCGCUGUCCCACUCGACAGACACAGACAGUGUGAAUCAGGGCCCUCGCCCGAACUUGUUACCAAAGUUUGCCAUCUCAGCAGAGAGUGAAGCGGACGAGACCUCAGGCCUCGGCGACCCCAGCAAAACCUCCUUCUCCAUCGGAGAGCUCCCGCAGGACGAGCCUGACGCUACCACACCAGGCAGCACCCACAGCGGAGCAACGCUCUCUGGAAGUUUCUCAGAACAUCUGGACCAGUUGACACCCAGGGGCGAGGGGGUGGAGAGCCCUGACAGUGCCAGUCACCCAUCUGCAGACCAGGGAGCUCAGACCAACUCUCUGCGGCCUGAGAACGCUGCAGAAAAGGCUGGAGCUGUGCCAAAAGUACCAAAGUCUGUCUCAACCGGUGCCCUGUCGCUUAUGAUCCCCGGCGAUAUCUUCGGCGUGUCUCCGCUGGCCAGCCCCCUGUCUCCUUACUCCCUCUCCUCAGACCCUUCCUCAAGAGACUCCUCUCCAAGCCGAGACUCGUCCCUCUGUGUCGCCAGCCAGCGGCAGCCCAUCAUCAUCCACAGCUCAGGGAAGAAGUUUGGCUUUACGCUGAGGGCAAUCCGGGUGUAUGCCUGUGAUGGUGACAUCUACACUGUCUACCAUAUGGUCUGGAACGUAGAAGACGGCGGGCCUGCACACAAAGCAGGACUCAAAGCUGGAGACCUCAUCACUCAUGUGAACGGAGAAGCAGUUCACGGUCUUGUCCACACUGAAGUAGUGGAGCUCCUGCUCAAGAGUGGUAGCAAAGUGGCCAUCACCACAACCCCAUUUGAAAAUACUUCAAUAAAAACUGGUCCAGCGAGGAGGAACAGCUAUAGGAGCAAGAUGGUCAGAUGUGCCAAAAAGCCCAAGAAGGAGAGGACACCCGAAAGGCGACGCUCCCUUUUCAGGCGUUUUGCCAUGCAGCCCUCUCCUCUUCUGCACACCAGCCGCAGUUUCUCCUCUCUGAACCACUCAUUGUCAUCUGGUGAGAGUCUCCCCGGCUCCCCUACCCACAGUCUCUCCCCUCGUUCCCCCACUGCCGCCUUCCGCCCCACACCAGAUUUCACUCAGUCAGGUGGAAAUUCCUCCCAGAGUAGCUCUCCCAGCUCCAGCGCUCCGAACUCCCCCGCAGGCUCAGGCCACAUUCGUCCCAGCACUCUGCAUGGCCUCGGCCCCAAACUGCCAGGUCAGAGGCUUCGUCAGGGGCGCCGCAAGUCUGCCGGUAGCAUUCCCCUUUCUCCUUUAGCUCGCACGCCUUCACCCACCCCACAGCCAACGUCUCCUCAGCGCUCACCUUCUCCCCUUCUUUGUGGACAUUCUGUUGCCAUUUCCAAGGCGACACAAGCCUUCCCAGCCAAGAUUCAUUCCCCUCCCACCAUUGUACGCCAUAUCGUGCGCCCCAAAAGUGCUGAGCCACCUCGCUCACCCCUCCUAAAACGUGUCCAGUCUGAGGAAAAGCUGUCCCCCUCUUACACAGGGGAUAAGAAGCACCUGUGUCCCAGAAAACACAGCCUGGAAGUGACCCAAGAGGAGGUGCAGGAUGAGGAACUGAAGACUGGGGAGCGAGAUUACCCCACCCUGCAGAGUGUGGAUGAAACAGCAUGCGAGCCACCGGCAGUCACCCGUGUACGACCUGUUGAGCAGGGCUGCUUAAAGCGGCCCAUCAGCCGCAAGAUGAGCCGGCAGGAGUCUGUUGAGGAGCUUGAUAAGGAAAAGCUGAAGUCCAAGAUGGUUGUGAAGAGACAGGACUGGUCAGAGAGGAGGGAGUCUCUGCAGAAGCAAGAUGCCCUACGUGAACCUGACUCGACCUCCUUGGGUGGUGAUGACAGGGAUGAAAGUUUUCUGGCCAGAGGCCAAAGCAAGAGCAGUCCAGAUUCUGGCUCUCUAGAGACCAAAGCUGCUGGCACAACCCUUAAAGAUGUGCUGUAUAAGAAACUCACCACGCGUGCCUCUGAGGGCAUCGCUGAAACAUCUGGUGGUGGUGGUGGUGAGAGUGAUGGACUCAGAUCGACUCUCUGCUCUAUUCACCCAGAGUGGCAGCACUCCAGACAAGGUAAAGACAGCAUUAAGCCAGACAGAUUGGACUUCAAAGCUCCCAACAUCGAGUUCACUAGAAAAAGGCUGUCAUUUGAAGAACGAGAAGACUGCAUAUGUCGAUGUUCUUCCGGCAUCCACGAGAACCUGCACUUUGGCUCCACCAGGUCUAAGAGCCUCCAGCUGGACACGGCCAUGUCUUAUGACCACAUGAAGGCAGGACUGGGAAAUGUUCAUUCCAGCCCCGAAGGUAUGGCCCCCAAGCUUUUCCCCAGCAGAGGAGAGAGCGCGGUGGAAAAACUCCAGCUCAUCUCCUCUGCAGAGUCUUCACUGCGAAAGGCAUCAUCUGAAUAUAAACUUGAAGGACGCCACGUCUCCUCUCUCAGACCUCUGGAGGGCACUCUGGAUAUUGGUCUGCUCUCAGGGCCCAGAGUCUCCAAAACAGAAACCUGUUUAUCUAAGAUGACGGAGAACACAAGUGACACUGUUUCUGUGAGUCCUCCAGUUUGGCUCCAGACCCCUACAGAGAGGCAGAUAACCAUCCCCCAAAUGAAAACUACAGAGAAGCCGAAGAGCCCCUUGGCUUGUUCACCAAGCCCUGAAGCGGUUUCUUGUCUAAACAGCAUAGUUGCCUCCAAAGAUCAGUCGAAUGAUCAUAAAAUAAGUACAAGUGGUGAGAAAACACAAGAUAAACAUGGUGAAUCAUUAAAGGUUCACACCAGCAAACUGGAAGCGCCAACUUUUGGUGUUAAACAAGAGAGCAGGACGGGUUUGAAGGCCAGUUCAUCACUGGCUCAUGAACACAGAGGUCCUCGACACAGCUCCCACUUCUCCUCCUGUGGGAAAACACCCUCCAUACGGGAAGUCAGCAAUGAAGAUCAAGACGAUGAGGUGGAGCAGCAGGAAGUCACACCACACGCGAGAUCACAUAAUAAUGACAGCUCCAGGACAGUAGUCUCUUUGUCGUCCCCCAAGCUGGAGAAAGAAUUAAAAACCAUGGAGACUCCAGCUGCAGCUGCCAGUGGGACGUUACCUGUGAGGCUGAAGCAGGAUAUAAACUGUGGUUUGGAUGCAGGUCGGCGUCAGAGCUGUGAAAAGAAAGCAACCUCUGCACAGAACUCAAACGUGACCUCUGUUUCUAUGGUACAGAACACCUCUGCAUCUGUGGAGAACGUGCUUUCAGAACAGCAGCCGGUGAACAUCUGCUCUUCAAAUAAAGAACCGCAGGCUUCUGCCACAACAUCAGCAUCCGCUUCUGCAGAUCAAGAUAAAACCUGCAGUUUAAAAUCCAAAGGUCAGGAAAGAUCUGUUAGUAAGGACAGUGUAGAACCUAACAGAUCAGCUGUAAAAGUGGUCAGUGAUCCUGGUUCCUCGGGCUCUAAUGAUGAAGUCAACAAAUGUGUCACAGCUGCAAAAGUGGGGGCAAACCCGAUAGUGGAGCAAAAGAGAGAAACUUCUGCAGCAAAUACGAUCACCUUGUUAAAUAAUGUUACAGAUGUCACGCCGGGUGUAAAUAAAAAGGAUAAAACUACGUCUGUUGGUGCAAUAGGGACUAGUAGCAUAUUGUUGCAGAAAAAGGAGGAUCCCACAUCACCAAAGAUUAAAAAUGUAAAAGAUUCAGAUCAACUAUCAAAAAACAAUCCAGCUGACAAAGCACAACACAAAUCAGCUGAUUCCGAAUAUUGCACUUCUAAAAAAGAAGCUUUCACCAGUGUGAGAGAAAAACAAAAAUGUUCACCUUCAGCAAAUGAAAAUAUCUUGAGCCCCCGAAGUAAGUCAAGGCCUGACCCACCACCUGUAGCCCCCACCGCUGUGAAGACCGAGACAAAAACCCUCGAAGUGAAGCCACACAGUACAGCUGCUCCCGUCCCAGUACUGAAGGGCAGCCCCAGUUCCAAACAGAGAGAUCUGUCUAAAGAAUCUACACUCUCAGCUCCAAACGUCCAGCCAACCCAUGACUCUAAACGGACGGAAGCCUCGUUGCCAUCUGCUGGAGGUGAUGUAAAGCGGGACGAACUGGUGCAGCUGACGCCCUCUCCCACUCUUGCUGACGUGAAGCAAAGAGAAACCCAGCCCAAAAGCUCUGUAGCAGCCUCAGCUCAUAUAGUAAAAGAAAACACUGACUCAAAGCCCAAAUCUCCUAAAUCUGUCCCAUCAUCAUCGACUCUGAAGACGUCUGUAGCUCCAGCACUUGUUAAACAAAGUCUUGAUGCCAAACAUAAAGACCCCUCGCCCCAAAAUCAAGCCCCAGUCAUCAAAAACCACCAUGACUCCAAACCUAAACACGUCGCUCCACCUGCUGCGCCUCAGCGUCAGCAGCCCUCAGACAUUCCCUCACAGCCUGAUCUACCACCAGUGCUGCCGAAACCCGCAGCCAAAAAGGAGACUCAUUCGAGCGGCGGUGCUGUCUCGGUCAGGAUCCCCAGCUGCGGACCCCAGGAGACUGUCGGUAAGGUAUCCAAAGAAGGCCCCAGAUCUGAAACGCCCAUGCCAGACAGUCACAAGGGUCCAGAUACCAGAAUCAACAUGUCCUCUAGCAAGAAGGAGCAGGCUGAGAGAAAGAAGAAAGAAACUGGCCAGGAGGUCACAUCUGCACAGAAAAACACGAAAAGAGACGCAUCCAGAGCUGCUCCCUCUGCACCAAAAGACAGUUCAGACAAAGACACUGGCAGGUGCAAGCAGCCGAAGGAGUCACCACAUAGUUCUGGUCACAAAAAGUAAAGAGGGGAGUUAAAAUGGCAUCAUCGCAGCAGAGAAUCCAGAUGUGAUAAAAUGUUAGAAAUGGUUUGUGCAAGCAUCAUCAUGCCUUCUUUUUUAGUUUGAGGACCGGGCAAGCUGUUACAUGCUGAGAGAGAUGUGUGGGAGAGUGCGUGUGUGUGUGUGUGUGUGUGUGUGUGUGUGUGUGUGUGUGUGUGUGUGUGUGCGCGCGCACGCUAAAAUGACAUGACAUGACAACACAUGUACAUGUUUGUUGGUCUGAAUGUAGGCAAUCAUUUGCUGAUAAUUUCUGGUAUUUUCUGAAGUUAGCGUUUUAUUUUUACAUCAAGUGAAUGUUUGGAGGUUUGGUUUCUGUUUAUUGCAGAAUGCUUUUGUGCAAUCAGUAUGUCAGGGGCAAUAGGGUGAGUAGCCUUACAAAGGUUGUGAUGUACUGUAGAGUCAGUGCCAUAAAAGAUUUUGAAUUGCACUCUUAUUUGUAGACUUGGAGGACCUGAUGUCCUUUAAAUGCAGUAGACCACACGAUUUUGCUCGGCAAUUUAGCAGCUGUUGUUUCAGUUCAGUAUCAUCGGGUUCUUUUUGUGUUGGGUUGUGUGCAGCGGUACACAGAGGGAAUGCACUCUGUCCUGUGCUUUUCACCUAAAAACUUGUAUGGUAUCAACAAAAAAAUAGUAUGGAAACAUCUCAUGGUUCCAGAAAUCAUAAAUUAGUGAAGAAGCCUUAGGAUGAUAGGAAAUAAAACUUGCUGUUCUUAGCAAGCCGCGGUGUUAAUUCACAUUCCUCUGACAUCUGUACCUAUAUUUUUGAUUUUUAUGCAAUGGGGUGUAAAUAUGAUAACACUGUAAAACGGGGACACGUGGGCUUACAUGAUUGUUGUUUGUAUUAUAUGUAUAGAUUUUGCAGUGUCAUUUGUUUGGAUGCUCAACAUUGGAGUACUGCGUUCUGCUCGAUAACUCUGCUGUCUAAAGUAAGCUGCCGUGAUGCGUGUCGUCAGAAGGCGUCCUCUCCUUUGUGACCUUUCACAUGUUUUCACCUUCUUAAGUUAACUUGAAAAGAGACGGAGAGCAGAAGGCACGAGGGGAGAGACUGGGCUCUUUCUAAAAAUGUAGCAUUACAGAACAAAACUGUGAGGGCUGUCGGCGUUUUCCAAGAACGUCUUUAUUGUGGAUGUAUCUGAUGACUGACUACAGUUUGAAGGGUGUAAAAUAUGAAAUGCUAUCUUUGAUUUGAACCAGCAGUUCUGCAUUUUUUUUAAUCAUCAUUAUUAUUUUUUUUUUUUUUGUUUGCCAGUUAUUACUGCUGCAGAUUUCUGAAGGCUUUGGGAAUCCUCACCAGUUAUGUUGGUGUCUGUGCAGAGUGACAUGAGGUCAGUCAGCGACCACCUGGUGGAGGGGUGGGUGGGUUUCGGGUGAUUUUCGUGUCAGGAUUCGGUCUCAGUGUUGUUCGAGUCACGUGUGAGUGUUUGGAUCUCUUCAUAAUGAGUAGCAGCUGGCUUAAAGCGUCACCAGGGUAAAGAUUUUAUAUGACGAGUCCUGAUUAUUUGCAUAGCGUAGUUUGUGUCCACGGCAUACAUUUGAUGUUAAAGUGCAAAUACUUGGUACUACACACUGCUGUCAUAUAACCGCAUUCACUUUCCGCAAUUUACUCACACACACACACACACACACACACACACACACGUGUACGUUUCUAUGCUAUAGAUGCCUUUUACAUUGUAAACCCUAAAGAACAACCAGAGAGUAGCCUAGGACACUAAGUAUGUAACCCAGUAUUUGCUCUGUUGUGCUGGCUGUGUCAAAACAAUAAUCUUGUCUGCUCCUUAUACUAAAAGACUUCAUUUAACAUGACACAGAAUAUAGUUUAUCUAAACGGUGUACUGUAUCCAAGAAUGAAACACGCGAGAUCGAUUGCAGAGCUUUUAAUGUUAAAAGAAUCUGAUGUUUACUCGCAUUAGAUAUUGUAAAUGUAUGUAUCGCUAUCGUAUUGUGAGAGAACAAAUGCACCUUAAUGUUUGCCAAUAUUCAGUUCAAAGGGUGAGAAAAGUGAAACUGGAACUGAAAAUGGUUUAUGAACUCCCCACUCGUCCUGAUUUAAUCACUGAAUUUUAUUUGAACAACUGAUAAACAUUUAUGUCCCCCGACACACACACACACACACACACACGUUUUCUUUCCUUUUGACAACUGACAUUUAAAUCCUCAAAGCACAUUCAAUGUUUGUUUACAAAGCAUCAUGGAUGUAUAUUUUGUAUAUUGUUGAUUUGCCAAAUCUAUGUUCCGUGUCACAGAAAAUGUUGUUUCUAGUAGUGCGUGACUUUGUUCCCUUUGCCACAAGGAUGUUUAACAAGAACAUUUGUUUGUGCAGUAAUCAGUGUCUUUUCAUAUGUCAGGUUCUUCUUUGUCUGCUUGUCUUUUCAGUUUCCCUUUUGUUUUCUUCCUCUGUGCAACACUAGUAUUAGAUGAACUUGCUUACAAUGGUUUGUCUUUUAGAAUAUGUGCAAUAAAAGUGUUUUGAGUUUUGUAAUUUGCCCAAGGAAAGCUCUAUGGAUGUCAUAGAUGUUGUAUAUUAAAACAGAUAUUUAUACUUCUAAUGUUGCGUAAUACUGAAAAUAAAAUGGAAUUAUAAAUUAA